UAUGGUAUCCGACGGAUGGUUGCGGAGGGAGUUAUACUCGAUCCGACAGUAUUCGGUAUCAUAAUAAACGUCGGAUAAAGCAGUAUGCGGAUCGAUAAUGUGGUUUACGGAUCGAUUAAAAAAAUGGCAUUACCAACAACGCACUCAAUACGCGUUUCAAAGAAAUUUACUCGUUUCUCAUCCGCAGGUCAUUGUGUUGCGGAUAUUAUUAUAAUAAAGAUGGAGAGCAAUAAAAUGAAACGCACAACCACCAGAGAGCAAUUUAAAGGUUUAAUAUCUCGUAUGAAGGAGCAUCCUGAUAUUGCAAAAAAUUUUACCAGAAGUGCUCCUAACGAGGUAGAGCAAUUUUGGGAGAGUGUGCGUGAGGAACUGAAUUCAUUAGGGCCUCCAUCUAAGAGUAUUUCAGAAUGGAAAAAGGUUUGGUCAGAUUUUAAAUCAGCAGUAAAGAAAAAGUUGGCGCACAAUAAAAGGGAAUUACAAGCAACUGGUGGAGGCGAAAAUAGGGAACUACCUUUAUCGUCGCUAGAAGAAGAUGUUGCUGCUCUAGUGGGCCUAAACGCCUGUGUUGGGGGCAUUAAAAAUUCAAAAGAGUUUGGAGUGCCUCAGAGGAGAAUUAUUGAGCAUGCCACUCCACUAAAUUCAGAGCAGGUGGUUGAAGACAUUACUCCAUCUACAUCGAAGAGAGCUCGUACAAAUUCAUAUACUUCGAGAGACGCCAUCUGCAUAGAGUUGUUGGAAAAUGAAGAUGUGGAAAAUAACCAAAACAUUCGAAAUGAACUCCGAAAAAAAAAGAGACCAGAGCAGUUUGACUUGUUAGACAAGCAAAUCGGUGUGCAGGAGAGGUUAUAUUCAAAAGUUUCGGAAGGUGUUGGUGCACAGGAACUACAUUUUAAAAAUGUAAAAAAGGAACUGAAAGAUCUGACUAGGUCGGUUGACCGUCUGGGUGAUCACCAGAAGAAAAAUAAUGAAAUUCUCCAAGCUUUUCUUGAGGAGACAAAAAGACAUAAUAUGGCUAUGGAGACAAAUGCUAUUGAAAAAUUAAGGGUGAAACAAGAACUUUUAAGCAUUGAAUUAGGAGAAGUUAACAAGCAAUUGAUACUUAAAAAAUGA